AUGACAGUUUCCAUUGAUGCAGCUUAUUAUGAUCCCUUUCUCGUUUUUAAAAAUACCCUCGAAGAUCAGUUCGUCAAACGAAUACGAAUUAACACUCUUCGAUGGAAGUUCCAGCCAACAGAUCCAGUUCGUACUAUAGACAACGUCGAGUUGAAUUACGUACAGGAUACAAAGGCUGAAAAUACGUUUGUUCAUUUCAUUUUUGUAACGUGUUCCAGCGUCGACGAAUACAGAUCUAAGGUGAGACCUGUUAUUAGACAGUGGCUUAACAAUGUCAAAUCCAUUCAACCCAUGUCCAUGUAUUACAUCAUUCUUUACCAGAACGUGUCUCUAAUAUCAACUACGGACAAGUUUCUCAAAACAAGUCUUUUGACCAAGAUACGAACGGAUUUUGCUGAUGAUCAGUUGACCAUUGAAAACGCUUUCAAGAUCAAGUCGACUUAUUCUGACUCUGGUGUGGAAACAGAAGUGUGGAACUCGAUUUUGAAUGCUGUCAGACUUGGAUUGAUGGACUCCAUCUCAUCUAAACUCCGAUAUUUUCAAUCUUUGGAUCCUCCGUUACUGGGAUUACGUAAGAGUGCCGAUCUUUUCAAGCAAAUAGGUCAGUACGACGACUCUUUGAGAUGUUACCAUAAUUUAAUGAGGCGUUUAGGUAUCAUUGACGAGGGUAGAGAUGGCUUUGAGAGUUACGAUUAUAGCUCCUGUCUUUUAUCCAAUAGAGAGUCACCACAACUGGUCUCUUCACCUUCCAAAUUUCAGUUGAAAUGUUACAUCUUUAAAGAGAUUCAGUUUAUACUUACAGAAGACUCAAUCAAGUCUUCUGGCAUCUAUAUGAGAAAUAUGGCUUCUUUGACAUCUUCCUUACUUGAAUUAGUCAACUCUGUUUAUGAUUGUUACAAGAAAUCCGAGUUUGGUAUUGUGAUGGCUCAAGAUUUCUUUGCCAAUAGGAGGCUUCAACUUCUACUAGAGAAGAAAGAAGACGAUGUUCCUGAUCAGUUGUACGAACUUCUUGGAGAUCUUAAGCUUCUGGAACGAGAUCAAUUCAUCAAUCUUGGAGCCAGUAAAGGUUAUCGUAUGCCUGGAAGUAUGGCAGAAGUUGGUCUGAGUGAAAAGGAUGACGACUACACCGUUAGGGACAUUGAAUUGAGAGCUUUAUUGAGCGAUGAUAAGACUUUCAAAGAUCAUGUGCUCAAAAUUACUGAAGAGGUAAUCAAGUUGUAUUCAGAGUCCCAGUAUAAAGCUAAUACUGUCGAUACGGUAUCCACAGAGAUGGCCUUGAUGAUAUAUUAUGGAUUUCACGACUAUGAAGCAUCAUUGGAAGUUCUCAAUAACUCAUUUCGAUACUUUAAGAACUCAGGCUGGAAUAUUAUUGCUUUCAAUUUGUUGAAGGUUUAUAUUGAAAACUUGGAGAAGCUCAAGGAUAAAGAUGAUGUUGUUUCGUAUCUUCUCAACUCCUAUUUGGAGAUGGUCUCUAUGGGAAACAAAUGCGAGCUUAAUCGAUUUACGACUCUUUUAAAUGAACUUGUGGAUCCUCUUUCCAUAGAGAAUGAUGAGUUGUUUGACAUUAAAGUGGAUCCUCAUGUUUGUUGCGGUGACAAAACUGAUCAGUAUGUUAUUAACGUUAAAUUAGCAAGUAAGUUGGUCGACAUUGAAGUUGAUAAUGCGAUACUUUACUUGGAGAAUGAAGACGGUGAUCCGGUAGAAUUUGUUAUAGGGACUUUUAUCCUCAAAAAUGGUCAGAAUCAACUGAAAUUAUCGUCUAAGCAAUUGUUUUGUGUUGACCUUAAGGCAGUUAGAUUGAAAGUUCAGAUAGGACAACUCGAACUAUUGGCAAAUGUAUCUGAGUCCAUAAGGCUCUAUCAGAUACAAUCGUAUGUGAAUUCCGACAAUCAAAUUGUCAAUAAUACACUUAUAGAUGUGCGAGUUCCAUCGUUGAGAAGACUUAAUAAGGAUGAAUUGUUGUUGAGUGCAAACGUUGGAGAUAAGGGCUUCAAUGGAUGCGAGUUUGUAUUCAGGAAAACAGAUUCUGAUAGACUUGUACCUGAUGCCAAGUAUCGACUCACAAAUGAGAACGGAGAGUUGGUGGACUUUAAGAUCUUGGAAGAUGACGACAGAAUCAUUUUCAAAGUGGAACAAAUUGUCGAAAGUCAUGCUAAAUUAUGGGCAUUUGUUCCUUACUUUUUCCCGCCAGAUGUGUCCGAUAUCAAGUUAUUCAUUGACUUCAGCUUUAAGUUUGGCGAUGGAUAUAGCAGACGGAUUCAGAAGAAGUUGGAUACAACGCUUGAAAUCGCCGUCUCUGUACAGGAUAUCUUUCGGUCUUCGAAGCUCUUUUCUAAUUACACCAUCAAUUCGGUGAUGGUGGAGAAUCCGGUGAGAAUUCAGCAGGUUAAUCUCUCACCACUAAAUGAAGAGGGUCACACAAUAGUGCAAACCUGGCUAUCUCCUAAGAACAUUGUGGCGUAUAUUGAUCAGGGAUCAACGUUCUUCUAUCGACUAGAAGAGUUGAAGGAUGAAUCGCUGGACCUCAUUAUUGACUACGAUGACCUUCACAGUGAAAUUGUAGAAUCUUUGAACCAGUGUUAUUACAGCUAUUUGGCGUCUUUGAAGUCUCCUCUACUCAUGUAUUUCCAUCUUGUGAGCACUAUGAUCUUUGAGAAGUUGACGUUCAAACUCAAUCUAUACGGUCUGAAUGGGGAGAUGGAGCUUAUCGACUAUGAUAUAUCGAAUUUCAUGGAAACUCUUAAGCAGGUGAACUUUCGAGAUCUUCCAGCAUUAAUAGAGUCGAUAACUAGUUUAUUAAGUCAGUUCACAGAAGAGACCAAAGAGUUAUGUGACUCUGUAUUGAAUGGUGCUCGACGUACUUUGGUUAUAAAUGUGACGUUACCGGUUGUGAACGUCGUUGAUACGGUAGAAUUCAAAUUUGAGAAACAGCUGCAGUAUUUGGUAUGCGAACCAAUCAAUAUGAUGCUCAGUUUUGACGUUUUUGUCGUGCAAUUUGCGGAUAAAUCAAAGAAAAAGGUGAGGUUCAAGACGGAAUCUGAUAAGCCUAAACAGAUCUCUCUGAAACUUGGGUUCACUGACUAUGAGCAAAACUGGCUCAUUGCGGGUUGCAAAGAUUUCACUGCCCAGUUCAAUCUGGAUGGACGACAGGCCGGUCAUAAGGCCAGACGAAUUUUGGAGUGUAAACUCACGUUGAUUCCGCUGAGAGUAGGCAAAUUGGAAUUGCCUAAGGUUGAAAUUCAGAACUUGACUGACUACAAGGUGGAGAUGGAGUUGGAUUACAAAAACAGCUCUGAGAGUUUGUUGGUCGUUUCUGAGCUUAAUAAAGUCGUUCAAUCGUUUUAA